AUGAUUUUUAAAAGGUUCUUCCAUAAGUAUCCUGGAGGAAGUAAAAUAAAAUGUUAUAUAGAAAAACGAAAGAAAAAGAAAUUAAAUAUAAGUUUAUUUCAUCAACCUCUAUAUUCUAAGAAUUCGAAAAAUUUUAUUGAUUGGAGAUAUAGUACUCCUAAGUCAGGGUAUGAAUAUAUGUAUAUAUAUGGAGAGAACACUAUUGAAAUAACGAAUUUACCGAAUAACAAAACUAAUGAAUAUAUUCAAGAACGUCUAAGAAAAAGUUUAAAUAAAUAUGGAAGAUUAAAAAUUAUCAGAUGCUUAAGUCAUAGGAAUGAUCCAUAUAUAAAUAAUAAUAUUUGUUAUGCUACAUUUUAUAAUAGAAAAGAUAUGUAUAAAUGUAUACGUAAUAUUAAUAUAAGACUUCCAAUAUCUUUACAGUAUAAAAUAUUAAAAUUUAAAAGUUUACUUUCCAAUAAAUGUAAUGAUUAUAAUUAUUUUUUUAAACAAGACCAUUAUAAUUACAGUGCUAUAAAUAUAGCUUUGAAUUUGUUUAAAUAUUUAGAAUAUAAUAAUUGUAGUAUGAAUAUAAAGGAUAUCUACAAGCAUGUAUUUGAAUAUUCGUUUUAUCCUCAUAAAAUUAUUUCUUCAGGAAUAUCAGUUUAUAAAAUAUUUAAAAACUGGACAAAUUUUAUAUAUUUUUUUGAUAACUUAUUUCAUAUUGUAAAAAAAGAUGAUGAUAUUUUUAUUACAGCCAAAAUUCUUAAUGAUCAAAAUUUAUCUAUUUAUUUAAACAACAAAUUAAUUGAAUUAAAAAAAAAAACGGAACAGAGUAAUUCCGUGUAUUGGAGGGAGCACUCUUUACAAUUACCCGAAGAAAUUGAAAAUAGAAUAAAUAACGAUCGUCCAAAAAAGUUAAAAGAGGAACUGCAACUUUUGUCCAAGACAAAAGAUUUUUACAAGAUUCAUGACGAACGACACUUAUUUAAACUGAAAUUAAACAAGGAGCGAAAAGAAAAAAAAAAGAUGUUAAAAAAAAAUAAGCAACAAGAAAAGGAAGAAAAGGAAAAGGAAAAACAACUUAAGAAGGAAAUGUACUGA